ACCCUCCUCCUCUGGAAACGAAAGUGAAACAACAGGACUACGAAUCAACACGAGAUGUUCAAAUGUAAAAAUGCCAUCACUCAUCAGAAGGACAUCAGUAUGAAUCAUUACCGUGUAGAAAUGUUCAGAGAGAAACUGAAGAACUGUUCCAUCUCAGAUUACCAUGGUCUGAUCAGUCCAGGCCUGACAUGUUAUCUGAACAGUGUACUCCAGGUGCUCUUCAUGACCGAAGACUUCCGGGAGGCUGUGAAAAGAUCCUGCAGUAAAGAUCUAACAACCAUCGAACAAUAUCUAAGAAGGCUGUUUGUUGAUCUGGAGGGAAAAAAGGCAGAAACGCACGGGAUUAUAAAAAUGCUGGGCAUCACAGAUGUGUACGAGCAACGGGAUGCUGCUGAGUAUUUUGAGAAGAUCUUGUGUCUGACCAGUCCAGAGGCUUCCAAGAUAUUCAAGGGGGAGUUGAAUCAUAAGUCCACAUGCUGCAGGUGCAACAAAACAAAUGAUUCAAGAAGCUUUUUUUGGAUUCUGCCACUCGCGAUGAAAGAUUCCCUUCGUCAAACCUGCAGUGUGGUGGAUGGACUGAAGUCUUUCUUCGAGGUACAAAAGGUCUGCGGGGUCAACCAGAUGUACUGCAGCCAGUGUAAUAAAAAGCGAGAUGCAGACACUGAAUGGGAAUUGACACAAAAUCCAGAUGUUCUGACCCUCCUACUGAAGAGAUUUACGUUUGAUUGCAAGCGGAAGCGUUACGUCAAGCUUCACUGUGAAGCUGAUAUACCCCAAACUUUACACAUGGAGAUGUGCACAUACGACCUCUACGCUGUAGUUAACCACUUUGGUAAUCUAACAGGAGGUCAUUACACUGCAGAAAUCAAAUCUUUUGAAACUGGGGAGUGGUAUUGCUUUGACGACAACCGCGUCACGCGACAUCUAUUUAAGAUAGGACACAACUCUCUGAGGUCUUGUGCAGCUUACCUCCUCUUCUACAGAAAGGUAAGCAGACAUCCGGAAACGACCAAUAGAAGUGACCAGGAAGCUCAGUGUGCACAUUCAGACACCGACGCUGAAGAAAGACGUGACGAAGCAGAGGAAGGAGAGGCUCUUAAGCCUCGUUUUUAUUUGAAUUAUGAUAAAUUAACCAAGAGCCAUGAUGAUGCUGUGGGGAGGACACAGACAAACUCUUUAGGUCAUAAACGGACAAACCGGAGAGCAGCACCAGUGAGGCAGCAAACCAACACAAUCCCUCCAAGAGACAAUGAAGCAGGAAGAGACAACUACAGUCCAAAUGUAGAUUAUAGCUGUACAAGAACAACUGUGAAGCCUGUUGAAAGAAACUAUGUGAAAAUGAAAAGGGAGAAAGUAGCAGGAAAGAGUGUUAAACAGAGAACAGAGACUAAUGUCCGUGAUAUGAGCGACUCUGUUGUAAUGUCAUGUAAUUUCUACUCUGAUGGACAUCCUUGUGCUUCAGGUAUUCAGGUAAGAGACUCGUACAGUCAGUGUAGGAGGAGUAAAGCCACUGAGUCUAACAGUUCACCAAAUCUGUGUAGAAAAUCCAACAGCUUGAAAAGAAACAAGGACAAAAAGCAGCAUGUUGUUAAUGCAGACAGCAGCUGCAAACCAGAGAGUGGAAAAACAUGUGAGAGAGAAAAGAGAAGCCAGAAAGUGUGAGGAAACCUAUUGAAGUGAUGAAAUAAUGAGAAUAAUAUCUGUAUCUUGAUGUGGUAAAUUGUCUGUCUUUAGGAUGAUUGGAUUAACUUAUUUUUUGUAUUUAUGUUUUUUCAGUAUGAAGAAAUUUCAAGAAAUGUCAGCUGGUAUGAACUGUGACUGUGGAUGAUUUUGUUCACAUGUUUUGUAUGACAGUAUUAUGGUAAUAUUCAUUCUAAGUAACGCUCUACAUACAUGCGCAAGCAUCAUCUAUUAGAUAAUCUCCAUUCAUGUCAGGAAAGCAUUUCAAUUUAUUCAGUAACUUCCAGGAAAUAUCCAAAAGAAUUUUAUGUCACUGAAUACUGCUACUGUAUGUUUUGGCCAACCUGAAAUGUAAAAAAUUUAAUCUUUAUUGAGAAUUUCAGGUGGGGAAGUGAGGAGGAAGACUGCAAGUUUUCAUUAUAUGAGGUGCAGCCUUUAUUUCCUGCAUGCUGUCACUGUGAAGCCUGUAGAAAGAAACAAAGUGAGGCAGUAGUGGAGGUAGUGAUGGAGGAGAAGAGUGUCGAACAGAGACUCUGAUGUAAAGUCAUGUCAUUUCUACUCUAAUGGACAUCUUAUACUUCAGGUAUUCAGGUAUGAGACUCAUACAGUCAAUGUUGGAAGAAUAAAGCCACUGAGUCUAACGGUUCAGUCAAGCAGAUUUAGUUUAUGCUGUUUAAUAUGUCCAGUGGUGCUAUUAAUUCACUGACAUACAUGCACAGGCAACAUUAAGGCAAAUCAUCAGGAAGAUAACCUGCUUUCGUGUCAGAAUGAACCUUUAAACUGUUUAUAACAGUGUUUUCUCUUUAAACAAUUUAAUAUUGUUGUAUAUAUCAACUGUUAAAAAAAGAAACAAAAAACACUGGUCAAACUAUCCAUUUUGUCCACAUGAAAAAUCUGUAUUUUGCAAAUAAUUCUUGACUGUAAAACUGCACUGUUUUACUCUAUUUAAAUUAGCAGAAAAUAUCAUUA